AUGGACGUCACACACCAAGGCAUCCCGAUUCAACCUGUCUUCAGUCUCAAUGAGUAUGACCUCGGGUCGGCCUUCCCGGACGAGGACCUGCUUCUCGGAGACGGGGCCGCGUACUCUAGUGAGACGCUGUACGCCUCUCCCCCGACGGGCGCCUCUUCGGCAGUGGCUGCCAAUAACUCACGUCCCGAAAUUAGCACGUCAAACGCACCGGUUCAGAAGCAGAGGCUUGAACGAAGAGGACAUACGAAGAGCCGAAGAGGAUGCUUUAACUGCAAAAGAAGGCGGAUCAAGGUACACCCUCCGUCUUUGAAUUAUCUGGGGCCGGUUGACCUGACCGCUUCCGCAGUGCCAGGAAACGCGCCCAUCUUGUGGUCAUUGUGUCAAGACCGGUUUGAAGUGCGAAUAUCCAAGCACGCCAACCAUCACACACCAGGUACGCCAGGCGUCAAUAUUUCGAGUACGGCGGCUGAUAAUAUUUUCCAGCCUCACCACCAAGUUCCGCUCUUUAGCUUGCAGGACAUGAGGUUCUUCCAGCACUUCAUGCUCCAAUGCUACCCGCACCACCCCAUCGGCAACGAGAACAUUUGGACCCACGAGAUUCCAUGCUUGUCUCAAAGCCACGAGUUUUUAAUGCACGCCAUCCUCGGCAUGGCGGCCUGCGAUCUAAUGGCCCAAGACCCGAGCCUAUUGGCCUUCGCCAUGGCACACCGUGUCAAGGCCAUCAAGGCAAUCAAGAAGUCUCUGGCCGAGCUUCCGACCAAGGGGACCAACACGGAGCACGCCAACGCGCUCGUAGCCACGUGCUUCGCACUGACGUUUCAGUCGACCAGCUUCGAGGAUGGCAUGGGCGAGUUCAUGACCUUCAUCAGAGGCAUUCUCAUCAUCGGCGCGCAGAUGAUGUGCAAAGGGAUCAAGCCCGUCUUCGUCAACAUGCUUGACCAGGAUUCGCGGGCGGUCUUGGAGCCGAAGAUGGUGAAUCUUCCAUUGAUACGGCAGGAGUGGGCUGACGGUGCGGUUGAAGCCAUUGGUGCGUUACGACAUCUGUGCCGAGACGAGGUUGAGAUUCAGUACUAUGAUAUCAUAUACGAAAUGAUCUCGAAGCACUACGGCUGGUGGAUCCAGCUGCCACAUGUCAAGUUCCAGCGGGUCAUCGACAUGUCUAACAUGACGAUGGUUCUCCUGGCUACUCACUGGAUCGCCGCUCAGCUAGUAAUGGCAUCGGUUACCAAGGCCGAGCAUGAAUGCCGCGAGAAAGCGCCGCCGAAGACGGAGACGGACAACCCGGAGGACACGGGCAGCAUUGUCCGCUGGCUGAGGUAUCUGAACAGGCAGAUAGACCAUGAGCACCUCAUAUACAACCAGUGGCCGGUGUGGGUGGAGGACCAGAUGAGUCGGGAUCACUUCUUCUUUACAAAGAUAGAAUGA